AUGAAGAAAACAACUUCGAACAACAAAUCUUCUUAUGCCUCUGGCUUUCCUAAAGCUUUAUAUCAUUAACAUUUGAGAACUCAAGAGUUUCAGUCGUGUGGGAGGAAAAAAUUGAAUGAUGGAGACGUUCUGUGACUCAUGCAGCCAACACCUGAAGAAUUUUAUGGAACUGAUACGGAGGGCCUCAGAAAACCUCUUGCAGAAAAUAAAAGAUUUUUUUGCGUCCAUACAAAACUGUUGCUGUCUGAAACGGAAUAAACCUGAGUCAAAGAGGUUUUACAAACCAGUUCUUCAACAACACGAGAAAGAAGCUGCACAACAGUUUUUGCAGCAUUUAGAAGAAAGUAAAGUGAUUGACACUGAAUGUUUGGAAGCUUUGAGGACAUUAGCUGCUUCUGAAAACCCAAGUCUACAGCAAUCAGCUGCUCUCUACUACCUACACAUCAGUGAACAGUUGAAGAAUGAAUUGCCUGAAGAAUAUCUGGAGCCAUAUUAUGACUUGUUACGGUCCAAUGAUCUAGAAGUGCAGAGGAAAGCUUCUCUGUCACUGGUCAAUCUCUUAGUGGAGGGUAAUGUGAACAAAGAGACAGUGGUGCAGGUUGGACUCCUGGAGCCCAUACUGGAGCUGCUUCAUUCUGGGGAUGCCACUGUACAGUGCAACUCCUGUGCAUGUGUGGCCACCUUAGCUACUUCCGUUUUAAACAGAAAUGCCAUUGCUUCUGAAGGGGCAAUUAAACCUCUUUUGGGUCUUGCAAAGUCAUAUGAUCCCAGAGUGCAGCAAAAUGCAGCAGGUGCCAUCCUUAACCUUACAAGAUCAGAAAAUACUCAACAUUUGCUAUGUAAGGAGGGAGCUCUGCCUGUACUAAUCUUACAGCUACAAUCUCCUGACUCCGAAGUCCAGUAUUACAGUUGUUCUGCAUUGACCAACAUCGCAUCCAAUCCACAGCAUCAUCCAAGUAUGCUUCAAGUAGGUGAUGGCAUGCUCUUCAACAUGUUACAGGGUCUUAUGUCUUCCACUGUGGUAAAGGUCUGCUGUCAAGCAUGUUACUGCCUCCGGAACUUAUUCCUAAAUGCAGACAUUCAAAAUGAUAUUGUGGCCAUGAACUACCUGCCUCAGUUAUAUGAAUUGUUGAAGUUCUCCAAUAAACUUGUGAAUGAAGCAGCUCUUUCUGUUCUCAGCAUUCUAACAGAGUAUCAUUCCAACACGGCUGCUAUUGUGUCUGAGAAUAUCUUGAAAAUUUUGGGGAAGUUACUCUUAAUGUACAGAACCAGUCCAAGAGUCAGUAAUUAUGUUGGAAACAUAAUCCAAAAACUAGCAACAAGUAAGACUCAACAGGAUAUUAUUGACAGUCGAUGUGUUGUGGUCCUGCUUCAGGUCUUUGGGCUCCUCACAAUUCAUGAUGAAUCUUUGCUGUACGUCACAGCUUGCAUUGCUCAGCUCACAAAUAAUGAAAUAAUAAGAACACACAUAAUACAAGAAUCAGAUGCAAAUAUAGCAGCUCACCUGUUGAUGCUCUCAAGUCAGUCUGGAAAUAUCGACCUUUCCUUCCAGGCUGCUUACAUAAUCAGCCAACUUGGGCAAGAUGAAAUGUUUACCCUGAUGUUGAGACCACACAUCAGGGAGAUUGUUGGUUACGUCUUACGUUUUCUCAAACACCAGGAAAUUAGAUUUCAACAUCUGGGCCUUUUAACUAUACGGAAUCUCAGAAAAGAUUCUCAUUUUGCAGCAGUGUUCAGUGAGAGGCAGUUGAUAGAGCAACUCAACAAUGUUUCUCAGCAAACAACAGAAAUACAAGACCUACUUCAAGCUGUUUUAUACCAGAAAGUGGAAAACUAAAUGCGAGAUAACUGAUGAUGACACCUAAGAACUGAGUAUCAGGGUGGUCAAAACUAAACACAAGAAAAGCAAAGUACAUUUGUCAUGACCAGGAGAGGGGUGAUGUGCCCUUUCUUUAACCCCCCUCUGUCAGUCGCCACAAAUAUUUUUUGUUUCUUUUUUCAGCACGUCACUAUUAUGCUUCAAUUAAACUUUGUGAACCAGAUCAAAAAUUAAGGAAAGGCAAUUCCCAAAGUUUUCUUGAGUGAAAACGAAUAGAGUUUUACUCCCUCUCAAACACAAGAAAAAUAAGAAAAUGUGACAUCAAAUGCAUACACACAAACCUGGAGAAUAAAGGUUUUGAGGGGGUGGACUGGUGGAUUGUUUCCAUUCAGCCAGGAAAGUAAAGGCAGUUCCAAUUCCAGGUUUUCGACAGUCCUUGCAGUGGGAGCAUGAUACCUGACCGGCAUAUCAUGCACCCGGAGGAAACCCACGCAGACACGGGGAGAACGUGCAAACUCCACACAGUCAGUCGCCUGAGUCGGGAAUUGAACCCGGGUCUCAGGCGCUGUGAGACAGCAGUGCUAACCACUGUGCCACCGUGCCGCCAAAUGUGGACUUGUUGGGCCGAAGGGCCUGUUUCCACACUGUAAGUAAUCUAAUCUAAUCUAAUACCUGAGUCAGUUUUAUGCAGCUGUUGUUCUGUUUCCUGAUGAGUCCCAAAGUGGCAGAUAACCCUUACCUCUCAGUGAACACUGGUUUCUCCAAGUGGUUUUUAUUUUACAACUGUACUUGUUUCUAAGAUUGAGAGAGGCAGAGAAGAACUUUUAGUAUCCUUGCUGUUAUUAGUCCAUGUUACUUGCGCUUAUUGCAGAUUGUGGUGUUUGUGCCAUUGCUCCAUUCCAAAUUGGGCUAUAGAAACUCUUUCACCCAAGUUUUUUAAAAUCCAUUUGUAGUCUGUGCAUAUCUGGCCAGCAUUGAUAGGCUGUCCCUAGUUGCCCAUGCGAAAGUGAUGGUGGUGAGCUGCCUUCUUGAAUCGCUACAGUCUCUGUGCUAUAGGUGGCACCACAAUGCAUUUAGGGAGGGAAUUCCAGGAUUGUGACCCAAUGACAGUGAAAGAACAAUGAUAUAUUUCCAAGGUGAGUGAGUGGCUUGAAGGGGAAGGUGGUGUAGGUGGUGGUAUUCCCAUGUGUUUGCUGUUCUUGUCCUUCUAGAUAGAAGUGGUCAUGAGUUUGGAAGGUGCGAAGCAUCUUUGGUGGAUUUCUUUAGUGCACCUUGCAAAUCAGAGACACUGGUUAUUUGGAGUAAAUGGAGUGGUUAUUUGUGGGUGUGAUGCCAAUUAAGUAGGCAGCAUUGUCCUGGAUGGUGUUAGUGUUGUUGCACUCAUCCAAGCAAGUGAGGGGUAUUCCAUCACACUUCUGAUUUGUGCCUGGUAGAUGGACAGGCUUUGGGACUCAGGAGGGGAAUUACUCAUUGUUGAAUUUGCUAGCCUCUAACCAGCCCUUUUAGUUACUGUAUUUAUGUGGCAAGUCCAGGUGAGUUUCUAAUCAGUGGCCACCCCAAGGAUGUUGAUAGUGGGAAAGUCACUGAUGGUAACACCAUUGAAUGUCAAGGGGCAGUGGUUAGAUUGUCUCUCAUUGGAGAUGGUCAUUGCCUGGCUUUUGUGUCGUGCAAGUGUUACUAGCCACUUGUGGGCCCAAGCCUGGAUAUUGUCCAGAUCUUGCUGUGUUUGAACAUGGACUACUUCAAUAUCUGAGGAGUUGAGAAUGAUGUUGAACAUCCCCACUACUGCCCUUAUGAUUGAGGGAAGGUUGUUGAUGAAGCAGCUGAAGAUAGUUAGGCCUAGGACACUACCCUGAAGAACUCUUGCAGCAAUGUCCUGGAGCUGAGAUGACUUACCUCCAACAACCACAGCCAGCUUCUAAUGAGCCAGGUAUGACCUCUAGUAUGACUACAAGAGAGUUGGCCCCCUAAAUUCCUGUUGAUUCCAGUUUUGUGAGGGUUCCUUGCUGCCAUUCACGAAUGCAGCCUUAAUGUCAAGGGCUGUCACUCUCACCUCACCUCUAGAAUUCAAGAUCUUUUGUCCACAUUUGUACCAAGGCUUUAAUGAGGUCAGGAGCUGAGUAGCCCUGGUGGAAUCCAAACUGGGUAUCACUGGGUAGGUUAAUGCUGAGCAUUUGCGGCUUGAUAGCACUGUUGACUAAAGUUCCAUCGCUUACUGAUGAUUGAGAAGAGACUGAUGAGGCAAUAUUUGACUGGGUUGGAUUUGCCAUGCUUUUUUGUAUAAAAGACAUACCUGGGCAAUUUUCCACAUUGUCGGGUAGAUGUCUGUGUUGUGACUAUAAUAGAAGAGCUUGGCCAGGGAAGUGGCACCUUCUGGAACAUAAGCCUUAUUGAUUUAGUGCUUGUCAUGUCUAAUUGUUACAAAUACUGUAAAAAAUGUGUAUAAUGUUGCCACUUGCUGUCGCCAUCUUAAAGCACAGA